UCUACGCAACGGUGGGUUUCAACUCAACUUCGUUGUAAUUUGCUCAAAUUUACAAUAUAUAUUUCGAUUAGGGGCUUUCUUAAAUAUAGAUAUGCCGGUUAAGGGUGGAGGAAAAGGAAAACAGGCUCCAGUCGGCGGAGGAGCUGCAAGUAUUUCAAAAAGAGGUCGUCCAAGUCGAGUUAGUGUUGCACCAGGAAGAGUACCUUUUAUCAGGGAUGAUGAUGAUAUGACAGAAACUGGUGAUGGGCAGGAUGAUUGGAUGCAGCCAAAGACGUUGGUCAAGCCAGAUGAUCAACUGGAAUUAUCUGAGCAAGAGCUGAAAGAAGAAUUCACAAGAAUCUUAACAGCAAACAAUCCACAUGCCCCUCAAAAUAUUGUCAGGUUCAGUUUCAAGGAAAGAAGUUACAAGCAGACCUCCAGUGUAGAUCAGUUAGCUAUUCAUUUUGCCUUAGAUGGGAAUAUGUUACAUAAAGACUCUGAUGAAGCCAGGAGACAACUGCAGAAAUUAGGCCUAGGUGAAGCUGUAAGUGAACACACUAUCAGUGAAAUGGGUGAAGAAAAGAAGGAAGACGAUGAAGAGGGAAAAUAUGAGAUUAUAAAGUCCCCAGUUCCAACUCCAGAGGAGGAAGGGGAGAAACGUGAAGAUGAUACUACAACACCAGCACCAGCAAAGGGAACUCAGAAAUUGACAAACCAGUUCAAUUACAGUGAAAGAGCAUCACAGACUUAUAAUAAUCCUUAUAGGGAACGUGGUACAGCCACAGAACCACCACCAAGAGCCACUUUUUCAUCCAAUGCCACACAGUGGGAAAUCUACGAUGCUUAUUGCGAGGACCUUGAAAGACAGGCUGAGGAGAAAUCUAAGGAAAAGAAACAAGCUAUGCUGAAGAAAGAUGAGGAAAAAUCCAAGAAAAAGUUAACAGCAGUUGAAACUCAGGGAGACGACAUCUCAAGAAUUUCUAGAGCUGCUAAAAUAAUGGAAAGAAUGGUUAAUCAGAAUACGUAUGAUGACAUUGCUCAGGAUUUCAAAUACUGGGAAGAUGUCUCAGAUGACUUUAGAGAGCAGGAGGGUACAUUGCUGCCUCUCUGGAAAUUUUCUUAUGAGAAAGCUAAAAGGUUGGCUAUCACGGCACUGUGUUGGAACCCUAGAUACAAAGAUCUGUUUGCAGUAGGACAUGGAUCAUAUGACUUUAUGAAGCAAACUCAGGGUAUGCUAUGUUUCUACACUAUGAAAAACCCAUCAUUUCCAGAGUAUAUUUUCCCAGUGGACAGUGGUAUAAUGUGUUUAGACAUGCACCCAGAACACCCGUAUCUUGCUGCUGUUGGUUUCUAUGAUGGCUCUGUGGGUGUCUUCAAUGUGGUGGAAAAAAAUAUUAAACCACUUUACAGGAGCACAGCAAAGACCGGUAAACAUACAGACCCAGUGUGGCAGGUGGCAUGGCAAAAAGAUGAUUUAGAUAACAACCUUAAUUUCUUCUCUGUUUCUUCUGAUGGCAGAGUGGUAUCCUGGACUUUAGUCAAGAAUGAAUUAAUCUACACUGAUAUUAUUACAUUAAAAUUGGAUGGCACUCCUGAUGAAGGUCCAGAUGGCACACAAAUUGUUACAUUAGGCUGUGGAACAUGUUUUGAUUUCCACAAACAGACAGACUAUUUAUUCUUAGUUGGUACGGAAGAAGGAAAGAUCCAUAAAUGUUCCAAGGCUUAUUCUAGUCAAUUCUUAGACACCUAUGAUGCACAUCACAUGGCUGUUUAUAAAGUGCAAUGGAAUAACUUCCACCCUAAGAUAUUUAUUUCGUGCAGCGCGGACUGGAGUGUUAAAAUCUGGGAUAGCAUGUACACGAAAGGACCAAUGUUCACAUUUGACUUGGGUAGUUCUGUUGGUGACGUAGCUUGGGCACCCUAUUCGUCAACUGUAUUUGCUGCAGUAACGGCUGAUGGCAAGGUGUUUGUGUAUGACCUAAAUGUGAAUAAGUAUGAGCCAAUCUGUGAGCAAGCUGUUGUGCAAAAGAAGAAGACUAAACUAACACACAUUGCAUUCAACCCAUCACAGCCUACUAUUAUUGUUGGUGAUGAUAGAGGUCAUAUUACAAGUCUGAAGCUGUCCCCAAAUCUUAGAAAGAUGCCCAAGGAAAAGAAGGGGAUGGAGACUCAAAAGGGUCCCGAAGUGGAGAUUGCCAAGAUGGAUAAACUGUUGGCUUUAGUCAGAGAACCACCACAGAAUAAGUAAAAAAACAAAGUAUCAUAAAAUAGAAAUUCCAUCCAACACAUAUCUAUAAAGAAUACGAGCAGACCAAACAUUGUAAAUUUAGAUAUGUUAUUGACCGUCCAAGUUAUCUGUAUUUAGGCACCCUACCAUUGAACUUGAUACAUACAUUAUAAUAUCAAAUAUACAGUCAACAUCACCCCUACUUUGUAGAUUUACCAUAAUAUUUUGUACAUUUUUUUUUUCUGUUCUGAAAUUGUUCCUACUUUUCUACUGUUAUUCUAGGGACUUUUAUUGUUUUCCAUUCACCAUGUUCUAAUACAACGUUCAAACAUUUGUAUAUGUGUGUAUAUAUUAAAUAAUUUACUUUCCUUCUUUGUCAAUAAAGAAAAUCAAAUGGCGCUCUAAGUUAUAACUGUUUGUUUUGCAUUUAUUGCAAUAGUAUUAUGACAAAGAAUUGCUGAAUUAUUGAUCUUUUCAAUAAAAAUACAUUAUUUCAAAUACA